UGAUCCAUUUCCCUAGCCGAAUAACUAUUGCUUAGCUUACCUGUCUGAAACAUCCCUACACCAAAUCCACCAGAAACAGUAAAAUAUGGCCGCUUCGAUCCCAAAAGGCACAAUGAUACUGCUGUUUGUGGUCUUCUUCGUCUUCUGCACCUUCUCGCAGGCUCGUGUUCUCAGGGAGCAACAGCAGGACGAGACGGCGGGCGCAGUAGCAGUUGGCAGCAGGAGCCGUAAUCUGCUUAGGGAGUUGGGUUUUGAUGACUCCAAACUUGAGCAUUAUAAGAAGUUGUCGUAUCACCUUGAAAUAAGCUCCGACAGGAUCUCCCCUGGAGGCCCAGAUCCUCACCAUCACUAACUUCAGGCAGCUAUAUUUGUCGCCUUUGCAUGUGGCCAUUUGGAUACAUUAAUUGUAUCUUUAUGCAUUGUGUGUAUGCCAACGAGCGGCUGUUCAAAUAUACAGAUUUCCCAUUUUACCUUUUGGUUCUUUCUUUGUGCGCAAGACGAGCGCUUCAGUUAUGACAUCCAUGUAUCAUCAAUAUCAAUGAGUUUGAAGAUGAUAAAUGAGAUUGCGUUUC